CCCCAAGGUGACAGCUGACAGGUGACAGGUGACAGUUCGUAAAAAAUGGUCGUACCCACCGGGAAAAACGUCGAGGCGAUGGACGUGGACGUGAAUCCGCCCCCGGACGCCCAGAGCGGUGACGGGGACGGCGCGGGCGAGCGCAAGGACACCGACGUGCAGACCCUAUGCGACAUCCGCGAGCACACCCGGCAGAUCGAGAAGGCCGUCCAGAACAAACCGCGGUUCGUGCUGCGCGCCCUGCGCGCUUUUUGCCGAACACCCGUGUCUCGGCUGAACCCGGUCGUCCUGCGCGGCCUCGUGGCCGGCUUCUACACAGUCAGGUCGGUCGCCGAGCGCGACGCUCUCCGCGCCUGGGUUGAGGAGCCGAUGGACGUGGACGAGAGUCAGACGGUCGUCCAGUUCCGCAGUUCCUCGUCGUCUCUCCUACCCGAGAUCGACGCGUACGUUCACCUCCUGGUACUGAUACGGCUGAUCGACACCAGGAAGUACAACGAGGCGGUGCAGUGCUCGGAGCUGCUGGUGCAGAAGAUCGCGGCGCAGAAUCGCAGGACCAUAGACCUGAUCGCUGCCAAGUGCUACUUCUCCUCCCGCGCUUACGAGCUGACGAAUCAGCUGGACAGGAUCCGCGGCUUCCUGCAUUUACGUCUGCGCACCGCGACUCUGCGUAACGACUGAGGCCAGGCGGUGCUGAUAAAUUGUCUGCUGCGCAAUUAUCUGCAUUACAAUCUGUACGAUCAGGCGGACAA